UUAGUUCCCAGAUCUCUGCGCGGCUAAUCUUCCUUCAGUCAGUUGUAGCGUGACAGUCUUAGAACUGAUAGAUGACUUCAUUUUCGCUCAGAAUUUGGAGAACAACCUCAGCUGUUGCAAGGAUCACUGAAAUUAGCAGAAGUUUUGGUGUGUUAGCAGCUAUGCUGCGUAAAGAGGAUGUUGCUUCCAUGAGAAGAAACUAUGAAAUGCCUGAAGGGUUCGACGAAUCUCAUCUCGUAGCCAAGGAACCUUUUAUGCAGUUCGAUGCGUGGUUCAGAGAAGCCUCGAAAAGUCCUGAUAUUGGAGAAGCGAAUGCAAUGAUUUUAUCCACAUGCGGAAGAGACUGUCGCCCCACAGCAAGAGUGGUGUUAUUAAAAGGCUAUGAUGACACAGGAUUCACUUUUUUCACUAAUUAUAACAGUUCAAAGGCAGGGCAACUGAAAGAAAAUCCUUAUGCUUCAUUGUUAUUCUACUGGGACCCUUUGCACCGACAGGUGAGAGUAGAAGGAAGAGUGGAAAAACUCUCACAGAAAGAGAGUGAGGUGUACUUUCAUUCUCGUCCUCGCUCAAGUCAAAUAGGAGCCAUUGUCAGCAAUCAGAGCUCAGUUAUUGCAAACAGAAAGGUUUUGGAAGUAAAAGACAACAAACUCAAAGAGGAAUAUGCAGAUGAACAAAAACUGAUUCCCAAACCAGAUCAUUGGGGUGGCUUUAAAGUAAUCCCAGACAAAGUUGAAUUCUGGCAAGGACAAUCCAGUAGACUCCAUGACAGAAUUGUGUUCCGCAAACAAGAAGCCAAUGAAAUUCUUGAUGAAAAUUUAACAAAGAAAGGAGCAGAUGGAUGGGUUUAUGAAAGACUCUCACCUUAGGGUGGCAAGAGAAAAUAUUAUUAGUUAUAUCAGUAGUAUUGUGGAGACUCAAGUGCAUAUUACACUUGUUGAAAAAAUUAAAUUAUCCUUGUUCUAAUUGACUCUCUUAGCUUGUUGUGCAACUUAUUAUUUUUCAGUCCAAAAUGUUCAAUACAACCAACAAGGUACUAAGUUGUGUAAGUUUGGCCUGUGUUACUUGAUAAU